AUGGAGUACCGUGUCUUGGGUGAGCACAAGCAACUCGGGAACGUCAACACUUGGCGCGCUUUUGUUUGGAUUCCGAUAUCGAUGCACGCGUUCUUUGUGACGUGGGCUUCGACACAAGCGUUCCUCGUCGUGUCGGUGCGCUCGCGGUCUGGAGCCACUCGGACUGGCCGACAAGGGUAUGUCCCGGCGAAAGUGGCGAAUGGGUUCUUCUAUGGUACGGCCUUUGCCUUGACUGUCGGUCUCCUUGUAAGUUAUCUUCUCACCAGACUCCUUGAGAUCAGAUCCCCACCCCCCUAGAAGCGACACAACUAAUUCGGCUCCCCGCAUGCGGCCCCUCAGAUCGUGGACGCUUUGUGCGCUUUCGCCUGGCGACGGACGUGGAAGCAUGUUGUUUUGCUCCAAUCUGCGCUCAGUCGUAAUCAGGUAUCCUACAAUCCGUCCCAGGGCGUGGACUUUGGGGAGCUGCUUAAUGUGCAGAGCUUGUACGCGGACCUGACAACCUCGGCUGCGCAUAGUUUGCCGUGAGUUUUUCAGUCUGCCGUCCCACCCCGUGAGGCUGGGAAAGCUGACCGAGCUAUGUCUGGUCAUCAGAUAUCAGAAUGUGGUGGUUCUCAUGGUCAUCAUCGUGCCCUUUACAAUCGGUCUCGUGAGUCGAUGCGGUUCUGCGUUCUCAGCGCGAAAUGGCACUCACAUGGGCACAUUUUUCACCCGUUCCAGCUCAACAUCGGCUCGAUUGGACUCCUGCUCACCCUCCGGCGACAGAUCAAUGCCUCGAUUCGGCGAAGAUCGAUCCGACCCGACGUCGGUUUUGUUUCUUUGGGGGCAUCUGAUCCCGCGAGCACGCCGAAGCAUCUGGUCGCUUUCCCGACUCGUACGACGGGUGUCAAAAUGGAGUCACAAGACGUCAAGGAGCUCACUGGUUCUACACGGCCAUCGCCAGCACAGCGCUUCUCGACGUCCCUAACGGCAUUUAAUACUCCGAGCUCGUUUGACGAUUUCUCAACGAAGCACGGCGAUGGAUCAGCACCCAAGCCUCUGGAAGUGCCUUUAUCUCCGGGGUUGAGCAUCGAUCUCGGAGGGUAUGUGGACAUGAGUGAUUUGCGAAGAGCAGAGAAGGAUCUCAUUUUUCAGGAACUGAGGCCGAGGCACGAAGUGCGUAAGUACGAGAGCCGAUGA